AUGCUAGGGAGAGCACGCGAAAAGAACGAAGGAUGCGAAGAGGUCGAUCAUUGGCACCGAACACUCUGCGUAUGUUCUUCUUGUUCAGUUCCGUACGACCGAUCAGAGGCCAGAAACGCAGCUUUGAGGUACAAUCCGAUAUGCUGUGUAAAGCCGAAAGAUCAGCAGCCAGGCGGCAUAGCGCCUGCGGUCGAUCAGCAGUGCUGCCAACAGAUGGCUUGGCACCGAUCGCAUUUGGUCAACUUAUUCGAGGUAUCUGAACACUUGGCUCGAGUCAGCACGUUUCGGCCGGAGGAAUUUUCGUUCCAAGACGCCGGUGGCGACUGCUCAGAGACAACACUAUUCGUAGCGAACUGUUUUGACGCGCACGGCGUAUUGGUAGAACGUCAUUUGCAAGCAAACUUCUUUAAUCACUGGCUUUAG